GGAGGCGCUCUCCCAAAUCCUCUUCCCCUUUCCUUUCCCUGUGCGCUUUAAAUCAAGCAACGCGAAGCGAAAAAUCGCCAAUAAAUUGCGGAAUUUCCAACGCUCUCGCAGCGGAUUCCACAACCCCAUCCCAAUCAUGCAGCAUCGCGCGCAAUCGGCGGCGGCGGCGGCGUUCAGGGAAUAGCGAUCGGAUCGGCAAGGGUUUGGUUUCCCAGGAUCGGCUCUGAUUCGUGCCCGAUCGGAGGGCGGCGGCGUCGUCGUCUUCUCGGGGGUAAUCUGCCGCGCGUACCUCCUGGAGAGGAGUGGAAUGGACGGGGAAGCGUUCCGGGUGGGUGGCCACUUGGGUUCUUCGCCCGCGCCCUACCCCUCAAACGCCAUGGAGAAUCCGAAUCCGAAUCAAAAUCAGUUCAUGUUUAAUGCCAAGUCGGCGCCGCUGCAGCUGCAGCUGUUCGGAAGCGCCGCUGUUCCUGCGGUUGGUCCUGCUGGUUAUUGUAAUUACACUGGAAACAACCACCUUUCUGCUAUGAAUCAAGCAAGGAAUACAAGCAUUGAUGCAGGGGAUGAAAGGCAGCUCAAGCUCCAGAUGUCCUUGAACAACUAUCAUCAACAGGAUGCUGAUCGGUUAGCACGUCUUGGCAAUCCAAGUGCUGUAUCAACUGGUCUAAGGCUGUCCUAUGAGGAUGAUGAGCACAAUUCGUCGAUCACAUCUGGUAGCGGAAGCAUGUCCUUGUUGCCUACCACCAUGUCUUUUGUUGAUGAUCUUAUGGCUGAAAUGGAUAAAGAAAACAAAGAGAUUAGCUAUUACUUAAGACUUCAGGCGGAACAAAUUGGUAAGCAGAUAAAAGAGGUGAAUCAAAGGCAGCUGAUAUCAUUCCUGGCAAAUCUCGAACGAGCAGUAGGAAAGAAGCUGAGGGAGAAGGAACUGGAGGCGGAGGCCAUGAACAGGAAGAGCAAAGAACUGAACGAGCAGAUCAGACAAGUCGCCAUGGAAAUCCAGUCAUUGCAGUCGGCCGCACUGUACAAUCAGUCUGUUGCCAACAACCUUAAGAGCAAGCUCAUACAGGUGGUAGCGCAGAACACCAACCUCACCAGAGAAGGUUCUGGCGAUAGCGAAGAGGAGCACACAGCUUCCAGCCAGAACGUCAAUGCUGCACCCAGUGGCUUCUUCCAAUCGAGCCUACUCGGGAGCAAGAGCACGGCCGUGGGGCUGGGGGCUUGCAGGUCGUGCGGGGGAAAGGAGGCGUCAGUGCUGGUGAUGCCGUGCCGCCACCUUUGCUUGUGCGUUGAUUGCGAGAGGAAUGCUGAUGUGUGCCCUGUCUGCCGGUUCCCCAAGAGUGGAAGUGUUGAGAUCAACAUGUCAUAACAUCAUAUACAUAUCAAAGUGGACAAGCAAUAUACAAAAGUAACCCGCCCUCUCUCUCUCUCUAUGGGUUGAUGGUAAGCAUACUCCAACAGUAGUGUAGAUGUUAGCAUGUUUUUCUUGAGAAGUUCUGAACCCAAUCCAGCUGUAAGGUCACCUCACCCUCGUGGUUUCAGAAGCUAAAGGAAAUCAGGUUUGCAUCUCGCAAUCCAUAUGCAUGCUAAUACAUAUAUAUUGCAUCCCCCUCCUGGUUUUACUGAUAUAUAAGCAUGUCUUAUGUCUAGCAGAACAUAUCUUUUAGCCGCUUAAAUCUAACAUGCUGCAUAUGACCUAAAGCUGUGGCUCUCUAUUCUAGUCUUUUGAUAACCUCUUUAGUAGCUCUUAGGAACAUCAGAAUUGAAAAGCAGCUCUAGUUUCAUCAACACUGCAGGUAGCCUUGAAUAAUGAUGUUUAUGUUUAUCUAGGUGCACAAAGAAUGAGGAUAAUGAUGAACCAUUGGAUUGUUUAAUUGUUUCCGAAAAGAAGAAAAAUCCAAGUGCUGAGAUCAUAGAGUGGAAUCGUGAUAGCUAGGAUUGCAGUUGCAGCAGGAAUGAUGUGUGGAGCAAGCCGAGCACCACACGCAAUGCUAUGCAAUGUGGCCGGGCAGGCAGGGCCAGGCCUAGUGCGAAUGAAAAGGGUAGAGUGCAUCUCAAGGUAGCACCUGAAUUCCUGCUCAUCGUUCAAAAAGGGUAGCGCCUGAAUCGGCACCUGGACGCUGAUGCAUGCGUAUGCACGCCGUAUCCGAAUGAUCCAUUAUUGGCAACAGGGCGUGAGCACGAAAUGUGGCCUGCUCUUUCUAACAGAAGCUCGAAAAAUUCGUAGUGUUGUCAUAUCAACCAAUUUUAUCUUGUGCAAAGUUGGUUGAAGUGAUAGCAUUUUUCAUCCUUUCUUUUGAAGAAGAAAAUAUUUUCGUCCUAUCUAUC